AUGUGUUCUCGCUGUCAGAAAGUGGCGCUGGCGGCGUGGAGGUCGCGACUGGCGGGCCGGUAUAUCACCGGGUUCACGGGUCCGAAUGGUCUGGGCCAUUGUCCGCCCGUGAGAAACAGUCACCUCACUGGCAACUCUGGUCGCGGAAGGCAGGCGAUGACCUCAGCGGACCGGUUCCAGCGGUUCCCUUCCCCCCUCCCGCCGCUCAUGCCCCCUCACCCCCCUCUCCCCUUCCCCUUAACAUAUGUUGUCGACCAAGAAAUGAUGGGGAUAGAAGGAGAAUUGGCACGUCAAAGUACUGUCGGUAAUAGAGCGAGUGGAGUGCGUGGUAGUCCCUAG